AUGGGGCGGAUGACAUUGCAGGAAAAGAUCGGCCAGAUGGUUCAGAUUGAUCACAAAGUCGCUUCAGCUGACGUCGUGAAAAACUACUUCAUCGGAAGUAUAUUGAGCGGAGGAGGAAGCGUCCCGGGCCAGAAAGCUUCGCCGGAGGAAUGGAUCAAGAUGGUCAACGAGUACCAAAGGGGCUCCAUGUCGACCAGGCUAGGGAUUCCGUUGAUUUACGGGAUCGACGCCGUUCAUGGUCACAACAAUGUGUACAAUGCCACCAUUUUUUCUCACAACAUCGGCCUCGGAGCUACCAGGUGA